UCUUUUCUUUUCUUUUCUUUCUAUUUCUUUCGAAUAAAAUGUAUGCUAAUAGAACAGCAGGCUCUACAGCCUUGAAGCGUCUGAUGACAGAAUAUAAAGAGUUGACACUGAAUGCACCUGAAGGAAUCACAGCAGGUCCUGUUGAUGAAAACAACUUUUUUGAAUGGGAGGCUCUUAUUGCUGGCCCUGAAGGUACACCUUUUGAAGGUGGACUGUUUCCUGCUACACUUACGUUCCCUAAAGAUUAUCCUUUAAGCCCACCUACAAUGCGAUUCACAUGUGAUUUCUUUCACCCUAAUGUUUAUCAAAAUGGGACUGUUUGUAUUUCUAUUUUACAUCCACCUGGUGAUGAUCCCAACAUGUAUGAAAGUAGUUCUGAACGUUGGAGUCCUGUUCAGAGUGUAGAGAAGAUUUUGUUGAGUGUGGUCAGUAUGUUGGCAGAACCCAAUGAUGAAAGUGGUGCUAAUAUUGAUGCCUGUGUAAGUCAUGUAUAGCACAUUAUUUGUCUCAUUCAAAUGUAGAAAAUAUGGAGAACAGACCGUGAACGUUAUAAUGAAAUAGUAAGAGAGAAUGCUAGAAAGACAU